AUGAAGGUCUCUGCAGUGUGCCUCUCUGUCAUCUUCAUUGCUGCCCUCUUUCCUCUGACCUCCCCUGCUCCAGCUGGGCCUGACAUGAGUGUGUGCUGCUUUGGCUACAUCACACAGAAGCUGCCCCAGAGUCAUGUGAAGGAUUAUUUCUACACCAGCAGCAAGUGCUCAGAGCCAGCAGUUGUGUUCAUCACCAGGAAGCACCGAGAGGUGUGUGCCAACCCCACUGCCAGGUGGGUGAAGGAAUAUGUGAAUGCCCUGGAGCUCCAGUGAGCGCUGGGAGCUCAGAGGGCUCUGCGCUGGAGAGUCCUGCAAGGUCACAAAACAGAGUCUGGGCACAGAC